GCCCAUGCCACCCGGGCGCCUGGCGGCCUGAGCCUCCCGGCGGCGCCCAGCAGCGGCCCGCCGCAGGUUUGCGUGACCGGCACCUACCACACCCUGUCGCAGCAGGGCAAAUUCUUCUUCUUCGACCCGGCGCAGUGGUCGAAGAUGACGGGCGCGUGGCGCUCCUGGAGCGGCAGGCUGUUCGACGUCAGGCAGUGGCGCGGCGGCGCCAACGUGUGGAACGGCACGGUGGAGGUGUGGACGUCGAGCCUAGGCGCACACGGCAACAGGUGGCGCCUCGGCAACGACCAGUGGCAGGUAGGCGACGUGGUGUCGCUCGCGGGCCCUCGCAGCAGGGCAGGCCGACAUCGUCGUGUUCUUCGCGAUCUUUCAGGAUGA